AUGUUGUUGUUAUAUUAUUUGUUUGUUUUGGCAAGCUCUGCUCCAAAACGAACGAGACCACCUCCAACACCAACAAGGUCAAUAAAUACACUUCCCAUUAAAAUAUCAGGCUUUAUUAUCAUACCAAUUGUUAUUAUCGUCGCUAUUAUUGGAACAGUUCUAUUUUUCCUAAUUCAGAAAGGAAUUCUUAAGUUUAAGCCGAAAAUUCCUCGCGAGCAAACUUAUCAAGAAAUGCCACCAGAAGUUAUUACAGAAACUAAUGAUUUGGUGCCACUUGUUCCAAUCACAAGAACCGAAGUUAUACCUCUUCUACAAAAUGUAGAUGAUUAUAGUUAUUCAUAUUCAUAUUAUUAUUAUGAGGAGGAAGAAGAAGAUUACUAUGACGAUGAUGAACAAACAAUAUUAGUUCGAUUACGACCUGAACAGGACUCGUCUUCAUCAUCUGACUCUUUGAUCUCAUUAGCCAAAGUCACAUGUGAUCUUUAA